AUGGAAGCAUCAAGAAUGUUUUUUGGUCUUAAAACUGUCCCUAACGUUCACAACGUCCCUCUCUGUCUUAAGACUAACCUCUCUCUCUUUCCAAGCCGUUUCUUGCAAAACAAUACUCUUUCCUACAAGAAACACGACUUGUUCUGUGUUAAGGCUGAGAGUAGUGGCGAUCUUGAGAGUACUCGUCCACUGACAUACUUCUCUCCAUCGUUCUGGGGUGACCACUUUCUCUCUGUUCCCGUUGAUGACUCCGAUUUUGCGGCACUUGAGCAAGAAAUUGAAUCGGUGAUGAAGCCUAAAGUGAGAGAAAUGCUCAUGUCUCCUCACAUCAGCGACAAAGAGAGGAUUCGUCUCAUCCAUUUGCUUAUCAGCCUCGGUACUGCUCAUUAUUUUGAGAGUGAAAUCGAAGUUAUUCUAUAUCAUGCUUUCGAGAAGUUGGACAGUUUAAUAUCGAGAGAAGAUGAUCUUGAAACAAUCGCAAUUAUGUUUGAAGUUUGUAGACUAUACGGACACAAAAUGUCUUGUGAUGUGUUUGAUAGAUUCAAAGGUAAUGACGGGAAGCUGAAGCAAAGUCUAGGAAAGGAUGUUAGAGGGAUGUUACAGCUGUACGAAGCCGCACAUCUUGGAACACCAUCGGAAGAUAUAAUGGACGAAGCGGUGACUUUCGCGAGGUAUCACUUGGAGUCGUUGACCGAGCAAGAAACAAGCGACAAUCUCUUUAAGCAUAUACAAAACGCAUUGUAUAGAGCUCGCUAUCAUAGCAUAGAGAUCCUAGUCGCAAGACAGUACAUCUCUUACUACGACCAAGAGGAAGGCCACGACGAGACGGUCCUCAAGUUUGCAAAGCUAAACUUCAACUUUUGCCGGCUUCAUUACAUCAAAGAGUUGAAAGAUCUCACAAAAUGGUGGAAGGGCUUAAAUCUUGCAUCUAAGCUCCCUUACAUUAGGAGUAGAACUGUGGAGCUCUUUUUGGGGUCACUGGCAAUAUUUUUCGAGCCAAAAUAUUCAUUAGGGAGAAUGAUAACCACUAAACUUACCAUGAUCUUGACGGUUGUUGAUGACACGUAUGAUGCAUAUGCCACUCUUCCUGAAGCUACAAGUUUCACUGAUUCUUUGCAAAGGUGGGAUCGUGGAGCUACUGAAAAUCUACCAAGCUAUAUGAAAAUCAUCUUCCAAAAUGUGUUCCAAACUGUGGAAGAGAUUGAACAAGAAAUGGAGGUUCGAGGAAGAUCUUGUCGCGUGCUAAUAGAUCAGAUUAAGAGUCUAGGGAGAGUGUACCUAGCCUUGGCAACAUGGGCACGCACAUGUCAAGUGCCAAGCUUUGAAGAUUACAUGGAGCUUGGGCUUGAAACAGCAGCAAUGGAUGACUAUGCAUGCUACAGCUUUAUCGCAAUGGAAGAAUGUGAUGAGAAGCCAUUGUACGAAUGGUUCGAAUCCAAACCCAAAAUUAUCCAAGCUUUGAGUACAGUGUUUCGUCUCGUUAAUGACAUAGCCACCUUUGAGCAAGAAAUGAGCAGAGGAGAGAUAGCGAAUGGCGUCAACUGUUAUAUGAAACAAUACGGCGUUUCCAAGGAAGCAGCUUUUGAAGAACUGAAGAAGAUGAUAAGAGAGAGUUACAAGGUAAUGAUGGAUGAGUUCAUGACGUCAAAAGCUGUGCCAAGACAGGAUCUUCGGUGUGGCUAUGCUACUUGCUCAACGAAUUCUCUUUUCACUGAUUUCUUUGGGCUAGAUCUGGUUUUUUCGCCUUCUCAGUUCUCUGCUUUGCCUUCUGUUCUUCUGCUUCCGUUGAGCUCGCCGUGGUUGGUUCCUCUCCGUUCGAUCUAUCUCCUGCUCCAUCUCUGGAGGUCGGCGAUAUCCGGUUUGGUUCGUUCGCUCCCUAUCGCUUCUUUUCCGUCUGAUCGAGAGCUCAUUGGUCCAUUGGCCUUCUAUCAAGGCGAAAUCCAUCGUUACGCAUCCGGGAGAGUAAGGUCUCUUUGGUUGGAUUCUCAAGAAGCUUCGAAGUUGCUUUUGGUUUGUGCUGUUCUUUGA